AUGGAGGAGAAGGGGCUCCUUGUUUGGUCCAUUAGGGGAGGAAAUAGAAAAAUUGGCAACCAGGAUUGCUCCUUAGGUUACCAAGUUAUCAUCAACAUAAUUGGCAAGCGAAUAUCCAAGUAUCCAACAUAUAGCAUGGAGGAUAUUCUGUUGGAUACCAGCUGGGAACACGUAAUCUGCCCCAUAUGCUUGGAAGUUCCUCAUAAUAGUGUUCUCCUUCAGUGUUCAUCUUAUGAUAAGGGGUGCCGUCCUUUUGUGUGUGACACAAGUCAAUUGCACUCAAAUUGUUUGGAUCGUUUUAAAAGCACACGGGGCACGCCAUCCACUUCAAUAAAUGACUCAACCUCUGAAAUGUCCGAUGCAAAUUCCAUGACAAAUAGUGAGUCAGUGGUAUCUGAUUGUCAAUACAAGCUGUGUUGUCCCUUGUGUAGAGGUGAUGUUUCUGGGUGGAUUAUUGUUGAUAGAGCUCGUGCGCAUCUUGAUGAGAAAAAGCGUUGUUGUGAUGAGCAACAAUGUGCAUUUAUUGGAAGUUACUCCGAGCUACAAAAACAUGCUCAACUGAAACACCCUCAUGCUUGUCCAUCGAAAAUUGAUCCUGCCCGGCAGCUUGAUUGGGAAAAUUUUCAGCAGUCAUCUGAGAUCAUAGAUGUUUUGAGCACUAUUCAUUCAGAAAUUCCACGAGGAGUGGUUUUGGGAGAUUAUGUGAUUGAAUAUGGGAAUGAUGAUAGUGCAGAUGAGUUUGAGGACUUCCCUGGAGAUGAAGGUAACUGGUGGACCUCUUGUAUUUUGUAUCAUGCCUUCAAUAACUUUAGAAGUUCCAGAAACCGAAGAAGGACAAGAGCUGGUGAUCCUAAUAGGGGUAACCGCCGUUUAAGUUCUGAUACUUCAAAUUCUGAUGAAGGUUCUGUAGCUUCUGUAGAGUAUGGCGAGUAUAGGCUGGACGAGACUGAUGAUGAUUUUGAUAGUACAAUGGGGCCCUUGAGGGGUGGCAGUGGUUUUCGCAGGUCGAGGAGACGUCAUUCUCGCUCCAAUUACAACUAG